GGUCACGUCGAGCUGCAGCUCCAGUGGUUUUGAUGGUCACAUAAAAACGCGCAUCGCGUCGCACCGGCCGACCGGCGGAACUGUGUCUCUGCGAGGAGCGGACCCGACCUGACCGACAGACAACGGGGACCGGAACCAAGGCUCGAGACACAACAGAAAGCAGCCGCACAGCUUGAAGGCGCCCGACAGGAAUCAGGAAACAAUCAGCGAACAAUCAGCUGACAUCACCUCGACUCAAAGCCUCCACCUUACUGUGACCUGCCUUGCGUGGGAUGCUGCAGAGUGGGAGAGCAGGCGUGGAUGCCAAGCAGUAAGAGGUGUAGUCAGUCAUGGGGGAUUCAAUAUUCAACUGCUGUUAUGUCCCACCCCACCCCCCAGGAGAGGGGGAGCCCCGCGGGUCCAGACGCGCAGAGAUCAUGACUUCCACCACGGCGAACAUCUCCUCCGACAAGCGCUUCCUCAUCUUCUUCGACUUUGAUGAGACCAUCGUGGAUGAGACCAGCGACGACAUGGUGGUGCAGGCCGCCCCGGGACAGCACCUCCCGGACUGGCUGAAGGACACCUACCAGCCGGGCCGCUACAACGAGUACAUGCAGCGCGUCCUGGCCUACCUGGCGGAGCAGGGCGUCACAGAGAGCGACAUCCGCAGCAUCAUGGAGAAGAUCCCGGCCACCCCCGGCAUGGUCACCCUCUUCCAGUUCCUCCGCACCCGGCCCCCGCAGGACUUUGAGGUGGUGCUGCUGUCCGACGCGAACGCCUUCUUCAUCGAGUCGUGGCUGCGGCGCGCCGGGGCCCGCCCGCUCUUCCACCGGAUCUUCACCAACCCGGCCACCUUCAACAAGGACGGCCGGCUGGUGCUGCGGCCCUUCCACUCCCACGACUGCCUGCGGUGCCCCAGCAACAUGUGCAAGCAAGUGGUCGUCAGGGACUAUGUGGCCCGCAGGACGCACGAGCGAGGCCGCCCCUACCAGAGGAUCUUCUACGUUGGAGACGGAGCCAACGACUUCUGCCCGGCGACCGCCCUCGGGCCCCGGGAUGUGGCUUUCCCCCGGAGGGAUUUCCCCAUGCACCGGCUGAUCACGGAGAUCCACGAGGCCAUGCCCGGGGAGUUCAAGGCGGUCACGGUGCCGUGGAACAACGCGGAGGAAGUGGUGCAGAAGCUUAGGAAGCUGGUGGUGGAGUAGAGGGGUCACACACAGAGACACUGAGAGGGGACAACAUCCAGGGGCCAGUUGACAAUUUUAGUUAUAUUCUCAGGUAAUAUAGUCCUAGAAACUAAUGUUAAAAGCAAUAAAAUAAUGUAUAUUGUCAGUCAAAAUAAACGUGUCUAUCUGGUGUCCAGCCUGCACGUGCCUCAGGGGCCUCUCACGUUUUGGUCCGGAGGUCACUCAGUUUAUAAUCAGCAGGUUAAUGAUUGUGGAGACCUGCCACUAUAAUCCAAAGAGAGAAAAGUAAAUGACAAAUCAAAUGUUUUAUUAUAUAUGAAAUAAUGUAGAAGUUAUACUUUGCAUAAUAAAUUCCUUUCAUAUGGUGCUUUUUAAGAGUAAAACUGGGUCAGUGGGGAAAUCCUUGUGAUCAGCAAUAUUUAAUAAAAACGUUAUGGAUGCUGAUGUCAACCAAGUGAAAGGUGGCUGUUUAAUAACAGGUGGUUUCUUAUCUGCACUUUUUUGAAUUUGAAAUUUUUGCCUCAUAAAUGAAUAAAAUCGGAGUGACACUGCCAUCUGAUGGGCAUUUCAACAAAUCUAACGGCAGAGAAUAUAUUUUAGAGAAUAUAGCCUACAGUAUGUCCAUUUUACAAAUGUUGUAAGAGUGUGUUUGUAUGUUUAACUUGUUUAUCAGUCUGUUCUGUCUUUACUGUGUAGGCCAGGCCUACUGAAGAAAAUAUGUUAUCACCAGCAGGAAUAAAGCCAUCAACUGAAA